UUCUACUUCCUUCGUCGUCGUCGUCAGCCUCAGUCCAGCCCAAGCCCAGCUCUCUUGCCUGCUUCUUCCUCACCUCUCACCUUUGCAUUCAAGAAUGAGCGACCAAAAGCAUUUGGCGUACGCCGUCGCAGCCUGGCUUCAGACUGCGUCCAAGGAGCAGACCGGCGACGCGUCAGGCCAGUUGCAGUCGGCUGCUGACUCCGUGUCCAAGGCCUUUGGCGUCGACUUGAGCGAUGCCGCGCAGAAGAGCCAGUACGGCGCUGGACCGGGGCUCAAGGACAUUUGGAACGUCUUUGCAAAGACACAGGCCAAGAUGGGCACGGGUGCUGCGCCUACAGCCUCGACGCCGGUGAGUUGGCCUGCGAGAGGCCUGUCGACUAUCGCACAAAGCAGAGGUACUGACGACGCCCCACUCUGUCCAGGCGCAAAAGCAGGCUUCGCCUGAGGAGGUCGCCAAGGCCGAGUCGCUCAAGGCAGACGGAAACAAGGCGAUGUCCUCCAAAGACUUUGGCGCCGCCAUCACGGCGUACACGCAGGCCAUUGAGAUUCACCCCACGAAUCUCGUCUACUUCUCGAACCGGAGCGCUGCCUACGCCCAAUUCGGAAAGGCUUACAGCAGGCUUGGACAUGCGCUCUUCUCUGCUGGAAAGUACCAAGAAGCUGUCGAGGCCUACGAAAAGGGUUGCGAGGUGGACCCGCAGAAUGCCACAAUGAAGGCCGGCCUGCAGACGGCAAGGACGCACGCUGCGCAGAGCACUUCGUCUCCCUCGGCGACGAGCCCCACGAGGGAAGUUGGGUCGAACAACGACGGCGCCGCCGAUGCUGGCUUCCCUGGAAUGGGUGGAGCCGGAGGGAUGCCCGACCUCGGUGCACUGAUGAACAACCCAAUGAUCGCGCAGAUGGCGCAAAACUUGAUGGGCAACGGCGGUCUCGAGCAGAUGAUGAACAACCCAAUGAUCCAGCAGAUGAUGUCGCGCUUCGGCGGCGGCGGUGCUGGAGGCGGCGGCAUGCCCGACAUCAAUGCGAUGAUGCAGGACCCGCAGAUGCGCGAGAUGGCGAGGAACAUGAUGGGAGGCGCUGGUGGUGCUCCCGGGGCGGGACGAGGUGCCGGAAGAGGGUCGGGGAACAGCGGUGGCUCGUCUGGGACUAGCGACAGCAACAACAUGUUCUCCUGAGCGUCUUAGUGUACACAUCACAAAAUGGUGUCAUAGAUCUUUAAUGGGCUCUAUCAUGACUGCUUGUUUCUCCAGACUAUUACCACGCUUCGAGCUGCUGGGCGUGGUAAGCGGGGAGUAGGCGUGGGCCUGAGCGAGAGAGAGCGAGAGCGCCUGAAGAGCGUGAACGUGAACGCG